ACACGACCCUGUGGGACCUCAACGUGGACUCAAGCUUCUUCCUGUUUUCUUGGUGCUCUCUACUCGAUCAACACCAACAGGAAGAAAGAAUGAAUAAUCGCCAUCAUCGUCUCUUUCGAUCAGCCAUCGCAGCUACCUUCUCCAAGAUUCGUCCAUGCACAAGCAAUGUGCGAACUCUUUCCACUGUCAGAUGUAACAGUACCAAUGUUGCCGUGGCUAAUGAUGAUGAAUAUAAGGGACAUGAUAUGUUGGCACCUUUCACAGCUGGAUGGCAGACUACUGAUUCAAGCCCAUUGGUGAUAGAGAAGUCCGAGGGCUCGUAUGUAUAUGAUGUAAAUGGGAAAAAGUAUCUUGAUGCUCUUGCGGGAUUGUGGUGCAAUCCUUUAGGUGGGAAUGAGGCUCGACUUGUUGCUGCUGCAACCAAGCAGCUAAAUACUUUACCUUUCUACCAUUCCUUCUGGAACCGUACUACAAAACCCCCUUUGGAUCUCGCAAGAGAACUUCUGGGAAUGUUUACAGCAAAUAAAAUGGCAAAAGCCUUUUUUACAAACAGUGGGUCAGAUGCAAAUGAUACUCAGGUGAAGCUGGUGUGGUACUACAACAAUGCACUUGGAAGGCCAAACAAAAAGAAAAUUAUCGCUAGGACAAAAUCAUAUCACGGAUCUACUCUUGUAUCAGCUAGUCUCUCCGGCCUUCCAGCAUUGCAUCAAAAAUUUGAUCUGCCUACUCCAUUUGUAUUGCACACCGAUUGCCCCCAUUACUGGCGAUUCCAUCUUCCAGGUGAGACGGAAGAGGAGUUUGCAACUAGGUUGGCUACCAAUUUGGAAAACCUUAUUCUCAAAGAGGGACCAGAGACGAUUGCUGCAUUUAUUGCGGAACCAGUAAUGGGAGCAGGAGGGGUGAUACUUCCACCUAAAACAUACUUUGAGAAGAUUCAAGCUGUCGUAAAAAAAUAUGACAUCUUAUUCAUUGCUGAUGAGGUAAUCUGCGGCUUCGGAAGGCUUGGAACCAUGUUUGGUUGUGAUAAGUACAACAUUAAGCCCGAUCUUGUCACCGUAGCUAAGGCUCUUUCCUCGGCAUACAUGCCGAUUGGUGCUGUCCUUGUGAGCCCCAAAGUUGCAGAUGUCAUAAAUUCUCAGAGCAAUAAACUUGGUGCAUUUUCUCAUGGAUUUACAUAUUCCGGGCACCCUGUUGCUUGUGCUGUUGCUCUGGAAACACUCAAGAUUUACCAAGAGCGGAAUAUUCUUGAGCAAGUAAACCACAUCUCCCCAAUGUUUCAAGAAGGUUUAAAAGCCUUUUCCUCAAGUUCCAUAAUUGGAGAGAUCCGUGGAACGGGGCUGAUUUUGGGGACAGAAUUUACAGAUAACAAGUCACCACAUGAAUUGUUCCCACCUGAAUGGGGAGUAGGUGCUUACUUUGGAGCACAGUGUGAGAAGCAUGGGAUGUUGGUACGUGUCGCUGGUGACAGUAUAAUGAUGUCGCCACCGUUCAUUAUGACACCAAACGAAGUUGAUGAGAUGAUAAGCAAAUAUGGGAAGGCACUGAAGGACACUGAAGCAAGGGUGGAGGAGCUCAAAUCUCAGGUGAAGUAGCAGGUAGAGGCCUAAACUGUGUACAAUUGAUGGAAUGGUUAUGUAUGGAUGCAGUUAGUUAUAUGUUUAAAUGGUUACUCUUUGGCCCUUUAACAAAAGUUCAAUAAGGAGGAUGGAAAUAGGAAUGAAAAUGGUAAUGAUUCUUGAUUUCA